AUGACUGCUAUGCCUGGAGGAGAUGUGAGUAUAACAGGAAACAAAAUUACAUAUCAGUUGCCGCAUAUUUGCAUUGAUGAAACACGACCGCCUUAUAUACGAACGCUUCCCCCUUUUAAAGUGCAAAGUGGUCAAAGCGUUACGCUCAAAUGCCCUUACUAUGGUUACCCUGUGAGAGAAAUCACGUGGGAGUAUAAAGGCAAAGAGAUAACAUCAGACACAUCACAAAUAAAUCGAUUCAAACGAUUCACUAGCAAGGAUUUGAGUAUAGAAAUAUUUGGGCGCAAACCCAAAUUAAGACUUAAAAGAGAUGCAACUGUUACUAAUGGUGUGUUAAAUAUAUCUAAAGUAUCUAAAAGUGAUAAUGGAGCAUCAUACGCUUGUAUAGUUAAAAGUCCUUCAGGUGAAAUGGCGAAAAGGACAUUCGAGUUACAUGUUGUAGAACCACCGCAAUUAGAAGAAAUAUUGCUAGCACAAGAUUUGCAAGAAGGUCAAAUAGUACAAAUACAUUGUAAUUUGAAAAGCGGUGAUUCUCCGGUGUAUUAUUCGUGGCUGAAAGAUGGAAAGAAAAUCCCGAAUCAUUUGAAAAUUAUCGAAAGAAGCAUGGAAGUGUUCAGUGUUCUGAUAAUAAAGAAUGUAUCAUUGGACCAUUGUGGUACUUAUACUUGCGUUGCCGCCAACCAUGUCGCAAAGUGGAAUGAAGAACCUCAAAAUACAUCAUUGCUGUUAGGAAGAAGUGGACAUAUAUCAUGCAGUGCCAAUGGGUAUCCUCAACCGCAAACGCAUUGGCUAAAAAGAGAUGUUGUGUCCGAGGCUUGGCGACCAGUACUUGAAGUGGCUGGAGGUGGAGUACUAAGCCUAUCGAAUGGAUCCUUAAUAUUUGAUACUGUUGCACUCUCUGACGCUGGUCUGUACACGUGUCACGUUGAAAACGGAGUGGGUGAAGCACUUAGCAAGACUAUUUGGAUAUCCGUUAAUAAGCCUGUCACUUUUGAUGUAUUAUCAAGAAAUAUAACAGCAAAACUUGGUCAACAUGUUACAAUAGAAUGUCAUGCUAAAGGCGAUGAUCCAAUAAGAAUAAUGUGGACUAGAAACAUGACGCCAAUCAAUCCUUUAAUGCAGAGGGUGAAAAUUUCUGAGGCAAAAACAGAUGAGGGUCUAACGAGUACCUUGGAGUUGCUUCAGACGGAGACGAGCGAUGGAGCUUUAUACCAGUGCAGAGCUGGAAAUCCCUUCGGUGCUCAAGUAUUUAGUGUCUACCUCACGAUAUUAGAACCACCGACUCCACCAACGGACCUCUCAGUAGAUUCAAUAAGGAGUCGAUCCGUGCGAUUAUCAUGGCGCGAUUCGACUAGGUCGCUAGCCCAGUAUUACAGUGUCCAAAUAACCACCAGCCAGAGACUAGCUUGGAACGUGGCCAAGACGAUCAACGUCACCAGGUUAGAGAUUUAUAUUAAGUUCAGAGCUCGAUUUAGUAGCAACGUAAGUUCAUUUACUCACUUUGAAUCUCCCUCUUCUCCACCCCUGGGGGUACAAUUGGAACAGACUGAUUCUCCAGGAGAGCUCAGAGUGAAAUGGCUUCCACCCCCUGCUGAUACCCACAAUGGCCUCAUUAUAGGAUAUCGACUAAGAGCUGUCCCUCAACUGAACGGGAUUAAAGAAACAGAAGAGGUUAGCGACAAGACAAUAAAAACUUCUUCUCUAUAUUCAAAGCAAGAAACUGUUAUCACUGGACUGUUGAAAGGCGUAAGGUACGCUGUUUCUAUAGCAGCAUUCAACAGUGCCGGCAUGGGACCAUUCUCGAUUCCUCUAUUUCAAGAUACUAGAGAAGGAGCACCCGAAGAGGGUCCUUCGGCUGUUGAAUGCAAUGGAGUGACGUCAACAGCACUACGAGUCAGUUGGCAGCCCAUUCCGCCGCACAAGCAGGCGGGUGCGCUUAUAGGAUAUACUGUAUUAUACGCCCCUCAGGGUCGUAAUUGGUUGAACGCGACCUCUCUGGUGACGGAGCUACGGUUGCAAAGCUUGCUGAAGUUCACAAAUUACACCAUCAAAGUAGCGGGCUUCUCUAACUACGGCCUCGGUCCAUUCACUUACCCUAUUGUGUGCGCCACCUUGCAAGACGUUGGUAGUAUUGUAAAAUUUAACAGCAACGACGGCCCACAAACAAUUCGGAUCGAUGCCCAACAAACCGCAGAAGCUUACGAAAAGACCCUGAGUGUAGAAAUCAAGAGUUUAAGUGAAGGCCGGCAGUACGACGUGUGGGUAACCGCUAGUACGAUAGUUGGGGAAGGACCUGAGAGUAGAAGGGUUACUAACGCACCAUCGCAAAGAGUGGCAGGAGUGGCAUCAUUAGGAGGAGAGGUUACAGUAGCUGUGAGAAACUCUCUACUGUUAGAAUGUAAGAGCGUUGGUUCUCCACCACCGAGAACUGUGUGGUAUCACAAUCAAAACAUCAUUACGCAUCAUCCACGUUUCACUAGGAAUCGAGAUGAUAGUUUACUAAUAAAAAGUAUUGACCAAUCACUAAGUGGUAAUUACACCUGCUUAGCGAAAAAUUUAUACGGAUCAGAUUCUGUAAUAUAUGGAGUAAAAGUACUACCGUUACCUGACCCACCUUCUCUAAGAGCUACUCCUUACAAGGACCAUAUAGUGGUGGAGUGGGAUGAGAUAAGGACUUACAGCAACAAUACUACUAAUUAUGCGAUAAGUUAUAACUUAACAUGGCGAGAAGCUGAUGGCCCUUGGCAGGAAGCUUGGCCCGCAGCAAGAGAAACACGGCUUCCUGGGAUACAACAAUAUACAUUAGCUGGACUCAAAUGUGGAACGAAAUAUUCCUUAAGGGUAACUGCUACAGAUAACAUUGGAACAUCUGCUCCUGCAUAUACUGAUAUAGUUACUUUGGGAGGAGAAAUGUCAUUAGUGUCUUUACUAAAAUCUAACAUUAGGAAGAUUUUAUUAGAUAAUUCUGAUGGAAAAAUUACCCCUAUGGAUUUAAACCUCGGCUGGAGCUACAUCGAAGGCCACUAUCAAGCGCCGCCUUUACGAUCUUUACCGACAUCGUACGCGGUCGGCUUACUCGCUCCAGCCAGCUGGUAUCAGCUAAGAGUGACUGCAACAAAUGAUGCUGGCGUAGCUUCUACUGUUUAUACUUACGCGACAAAAACUUUGGAUGGUGGUGAGUAG